GGCUGUCCUCUUGGGCCGGGUACUCCUGGGUGGGGGUGGCCGAGGCCAUUGGCCGAGAGGCAGGAGGGGCGGGGUCCUCCGGUGCCGCUGCGGGUCUGGCUGAACAGGAGGAGGCCAGCGGCCGGCUGGAGAGGCACGCGUUGAUCUGCUGCGUUUCUGUCUUGUCAUGGCACCGUCGCCCCUGAAAGUGUGCAUCGUGGGCUCGGGGAACUGGGGUUCAGCUGUUGCAAAAAUAAUUGGUAACAAUGUCAACAAACUUCAGAAGUUUGCCUCCACGGUCAAGAUGUGGGUCUUCGAAGAAACAGUUAAUGGGAGGAAACUGACAGACAUCAUAAAUAAUGACCAUGAAAAUGUGAAAUAUCUCCCUGGACACAAGCUGCCAGAAAACGUGGUGGCCGUCCCAAACCUCGGUGAGGCCGUGCAAGAUGCAGACCUGCUGGUGUUCGUCAUUCCCCACCAGUUCAUCCACAGAAUCUGUGACGAGAUCACCGGGAAGGUGCCCAAGCAAGCGCUGGGCAUCACGCUCAUCAAGGGCAUAGACGAGGGCCCGGACGGGCUGAAGCUCAUUUCCGACAUCAUCCGAGAGAAGAUGGGCAUCGACAUCAGCGUGCUGAUGGGAGCCAACAUUGCCAACGAGGUGGCUGCCGGGAAGUUCUGCGAGACCACCAUCGGCAGCAAAGUAAUGGAGAAUGGCCUCCUGUUCAAAGAGCUCCUGCAGACGCCCAACUUCCGAAUCACAGUGGUGGACGACGCAGAUACUGUUGAACUGUGUGGUGCUCUCAAGAACAUCGUAGCCGUGGGAGCCGGGUUCUGCGACGGUCUCCGCAGCGGGGACAACACCAAAGCUGCCGUCAUCCGCCUGGGGCUCAUGGAGAUGAUCGCCUUCGCCAGGAUCUUCUGCAAGGGCCAGGUGUCCACCGCCACCUUCCUGGAGAGCUGCGGCGUGGCCGACCUCAUCACCACCUGCUACGGCGGCCGGAACCGCAGGGUCGCCGAGGCCUUUGCCAAGACUGGAAAGACCAUUGAAGAGUUGGAGAAGGAGAUGCUAAAUGGGCAGAAGCUCCAGGGGCCUCAGACCUCCGCUGAAGUGCACCGCAUACUCAAACAGAAGGGGCUGCUAGACAAGUUUCCGCUGUUCACGGUGGUGUAUCAGAUCUGCUACGAAGGCAGGCCCGUUCAGGAGAUGCUGUCCUGUCUGCAGAGCCACCCGGAGCACGUAUAGGAAGCACAUGCAGCAUGCCAGGCAGCGCGCUGCCUCUCCCAUCAGUCUUUUGGGUUCAGACGGAAACUGGGACUUAGCCACCAGAUGUUUGCUUGCCUGUGACCCCAUCAUGGAUGUGUAUGAAUUUUUACAGGUUCGUCGUUAAAUUUCGAGAAGUGGAUCAUUGGCUGAGGUGUACUGAGCAACACCUAGACGCACACACGUGAACACGUGAGUGUUCAUUCCUCAUUCUGUGGAUGAUUUUAUGAACCAAAAUUAAAAGUCCUUUUUAAAAAUUACUUUGAAACUUCCCCACUGUGGUAGUUUAUAAGACUGGGACUAUCUCCACUAAAUUUCUUAGAUGUAAUCCAUUUGUCCUUGAGUGAAGGGACUUUUUUCCCCCUCGUUAUCUGGAUGUUAAAAUUUAACCAGCAUUAAUAACGUGGUAGAAUGGAAGAGGGAGUGUGUUCAAAGAUCAACAGACUAACUUUUAAACAUUCUCUCAAAGCCAGCAUAAUUAACGACUUUGAUUGUGAGUCGACUUUUUUUUUCCCUUAAAACAAUCAGGUAUUUUUAAUUAGAUAAUCCACUAGGCAUCUUCCUAUCGCUGCAUUUUUCUGUGUUUUUAGCCUCUUUGCCCUUCAUUAGCUGCUAGAAUGUGCUUUCACAAAGGCUCAGCAGUGGCAGAAGACAGAAGUCUCAUCUGGGACUCCCCCGCUGUGACUGACCCCUGUGUGUCAGACAGCAGUUCUGGGCAGGCAUUUCCUUUACGCUUCGCCGGUCCCCUGAGAGGGGGCGCUGUUACUCCCCUCUGAGGAUGCUGCCUCUGUGCCUGGUCACCUGGUAAGGGGGUGCAGAACCAGGAGUUCAAAGUCCAUUUCUCCCCCACUCCACCAAUGUGCCCUGAGACUUUCUCAGGUGUCACGGGCUGGAUUGGCCUCCCCCUCAUUGGGCGUGGCCAGGGGCCCCCGUGCAACGCCCUGUGCGACCUUUCCUGAGGCCACAAGGCUUCCUGCUGCUGGGGUUUGUGUGUGGCACUGUCUAGACUGGCAAUUUUCAACCUUUUUCAUCUCGUGGCACACAUAAAUGACUAAAAUUAGGCAGCAUACCAAAAAAUACAUUUUUUGAUGAUUUGACCAAAAAAAUGGGUAUAGUCAGGUAUUGCAUGUUUUUUAAAAUUCUUGUGGCACACGGUUGAAAAUUGCUGGUCUAGACUCAAAGUGUGUUCGUCACUCCAUCUAGUGCAGGUUCCCCAGGUCCCGCCACAGACCUGUGAAGUGGGGUGUGACGUGUGUGCCUCAACACACCUUCCAGGUGCUUCUGGCGUUCACAACAGUUUUAGAAGUGCUGCUUUAGAAAAUGCCCUUUGGAGUGGCAUUUCUCAAACCGUGUGCCCUAGGAGACAAGUGUCCUGGGAUGCAGGGGUGGGUCAUUCUGGGUGUUCCCUGACAAGGUCAAGUGAGUUUGGGGAGAGCUGAAUCUUGGUGGUGUAGAAUGUGUGUUCAUACGUCAGUGGGACCUGCUUAUUUAUCCUCACCAGUUCCAAAUACAUUAGAUUAUGGAGAUUUUUUUUUUAGCAAGGAAAUUUGCCAGAGUGUCCUGGGGACAACACUGUUCUCGCCUGAGGUGACCUUAGGAUAACUCACACGCACCCUUCCCUCCUUGUAUGAAAUUGGGGUGAGUGAGCACCUGUGGUCAUGUUAGUUCUCGGCUUGACAGUUCAGGUCUGCCAUGAAGCUUUGAUGAGGCGUUAAGGUGACGCCCACAAGAACAGCCUCGCUGAAACGCACAUUAUGGGGAGUAAGUACUUUUAGGUUGGAAAUAGAGUGGGAAGGACUGCCUCUCCGUCAAUGAGACUGUGUCAGGGCUGCAUUACGGGUUUCCUUAUGUGGCACUUGAUGAACUAGUGCCACGUUAGGGAAACGUGGGUGUCGCUUAGAUGUUCACGGAUUUUUGGCCACUUUCUGAGAUUUGACCGUUUUUUAUUUUCCAGUCUGGGACUUCUUUUCCCUGUAUCUGAAAUGAUUGUAGAACAGAUUUUUUGUGGGAAUUUUUAAAACUCUAUCCAAAAUGUUUCAGGGGCACUAUGCAACCUCAUCCACAGAAGUAUAUGAAGUUUACCAAAUGCUCUCAAGUUUUAGUGGUUUCAGUGCCACCAUUAAGUUCAUCAGUUUUUGCUUGUCUCAUGACUAAUCCUUUUUAAAGUUGGUAUGUACAUAGGUAACAAAGUGUUACUUUUAAGAUACAUAAAGGACUGUAAGCUUUACAUUGUGGUGUCUAUUAAGUAAGGUAACCAGAGGUGAGGAAUUCUCUCUUGUAUGUUCUCAUCUGUGCUCUGCUUCCUGCUCCGGGUUUGUACUUGAGUGUUUUUCCUUUACAAAUGCUCUUACCACUCCGAAGUCUGCUGACUGUACCUCUUGAACAUACUUAUAUUCUGCACAUUAUGGAAAAAGGCAAAUUUUAUAAGUCUGUGCUCCGCUGCCUAUAGAUAUUUAUUACUCUAUGAGUUAUCUAUUUUUGUAACCACCUGUGGUCUCUCAUAUCUUACCGACGAUAGUAAUAGAGGGAGAUGUCCCGAAGAGAAGCUCAGUUGUACAUUUCAGCAACCUGUGAAUGUAAAAACGGCACUGGUGCCUUGCUCUCCCCCCAUCUAUUAUCAUGUGGAACGGUCACCUGUCUUGAAAUCCGUCGUAGCGGGUGGAGUUGAGCUAAACCCCUUCUGGUUUUUUAUUGAACUGUUUAGCUAUGACGAGGCCCCGUGGCAUUGGCCCAAGGAGUGGUGAGGCACCAGUGUACAAAGGGUUCUGCAGUUUUUCCAUUAAUUUUAAUCUAAGAGCCUCUUACUUACAUAUGCACUGUAUUUGUUUACAGACUAUAGGUGGAUAUAAUUUAAAAACCUGGUUUAAUAAACAUUUAACCCCCCUAAA